AUGAAAAGCUACAAAGUGAAAAAGUUUCAAAAGAGAUGAAUGAAUUUAUCAACAAAGAACAAAACAGUAACUCAGCAUCACAGGAGGCAAAAGAAAUUGAAGCAGAUGCGGUUCAUGAAAAGAAAAGAUCUCCAAAUGCAAUUGCACCUGAUACAGAGCUUAAAAAAGAGGGUAAAGAGAGAACAGGAAGGAGUGGGUCAGGAAGCUCUAGCAGUGGUAGCAGUAGCAGCAAUAGCAGAAGCAGUAGCAGCAGCAGCACUGUAUCUAGUUCAUCCUAUAGCAGUAGCUCAGGUAGUAGUCGCAGCUCUUCACGUUCUUCCUCUCCUAAAAGGAAGAAGAGGCACAGUCGCAGUAGAACACCUUCACAUAAAGUUAGGCGCAGCAGAAGCAGGAGUUACUCCCACAGAAAUAGGAGAGAGAGAAGUAGGAGCAGGGAGAAAAUAAGGGAAAGGAGAAGAUCUAGUAGAAAUCACAGUGCUGAAAGAGGGGAGAGGCGAAGAAAUCGGAGUCCUUCGAGAGAGAGAAGCUGGGACAGACGUAGUAGCCGUUCCAGAGACAGGCGAGCUAACCGUGCGAGCCGCAGCAGAAGCAGGGAUAGACGUAAAGCUGAAGACCAGCGUAGAAGCCCUCCUGGAAAUAGGCACAAACAUAAAAGUGAGGGUAAAGACCAAGAAAGGAAGAAGGAGCAGGGCGGAGCUGUAGAUAAGGACAGAAAAAAGAACAGGGAAAGGGAGAAAGAUCAGGAAAAAAGGAAAGACAGGUCCAAAAAAGAGGACAAAGAAAGUAAGGCUGGCAAUCAUGACGACAGUAGAUUAAAGAGAAAAAGGGACAGCGAAAGAACUUUCUCUCGCGGUGAUUCCAUAUGUGUGAAAAUAAUAAGACAGGAUUCCAGGCAAGAAUGCAAAAAAAUUACUACCAAAGAUAGCAAAAAACGGUCAGGCUCCGAAUCUAGUGCGAGGAGUAGUUCUGAAUCGCCAGGAAGCAGCAAAGAAAAGAAGGCUAAGAAAUCGAAGCAUAUUCGGUCAUGUUCCAUGGAGAAAUCUCAAAGGUCUGGUAAGAAGGCAAGCCGCAAACACAAGUCUAAGUCACGAUCAAGAUCAACGACUCCUCUUCGUCGUAAACGCUGAGGAAUUUAUGGCACCAGUGCUAUGACAUUUAAAAAUUCCAUGAGUUAUAAAGGCUUGUCUCAUUAUAGAGGCACAUUGUGGCUAUGUAGGUGAAACCAGAAUCCUUUUUUUAUCUGUAAAUAGGUGUAUUUUUUCCAAAUGCUGCUCAGAAUUAAAUACCUAAUAGGAUUUCUUUGUAUUACUUUUCCCCCCCCCCCCAAGAACGGUAGUGCUUAUUAAGAAUAUAAACCAGGCCAUUCUCUUUCAGCUGUAAUGUUCUUAAAAUUACUAUUGAAUGUACUGUGAUGUCAAUAAAGCUCUUUAGUUCAUUUUUUUGUU